AUGGCUGAACUUUUGAAGAAGACCUUUGCCGAUGCUAAGGCCGAAGGCCGUAACGCUUUGGUCACCUUUAUGACCGCAGGCUACCCUAGAGUCGAAGACACUAUUCCAAUGCUGAAAGCGUUCCAAGAUGGUGGGGUUGACGUCAUCGAAUUGGGAAUGCCCUUCUCCGAUCCUAUCGCUGAUGGACCAACUAUUCAGUAUGCUAACACUGUUUCUCUGCAGAACGGCGUCACCAUGGGCAAAACUUUGGAUAUGGUCCGCCAGGCGAGAGCCGAAGGCGUGACAGUGCCUAUCAUUCUUAUGGGCUACUACAAUCCAAUUCUCAACUACGGAGAGCAGAAGUUCAUCGAAGAAGCUGCUGACGCCGGAGCUAGUGGGUUUAUCAUUGUGGAUUUGCCCCCAGAGGAAGCCCUAAAAGUUCGCGACUACGUUAAUGAUAAUGGUUUGAGCUUAAUCCCUCUAGUGGCACCCUCGACUACUGACCAGCGUUUGGAGCUCCUUUCUCAGAUUGCUACUUCUUUUAUAUACGUAGUGUCAAGAAUGGGCACUACUGGUGCUCAAAUCUCAGUCACCGACGACGUGGCUGUCCUGGUCGACCAUAUUCGGAAAUUCACUAAAGAUAUUCCGCUAGCCGUUGGAUUUGGUGUUUCUACCAGGGAACACUUUCAAUCGGUUGGUGCUGCUUCUGAUGGUGUGGUUAUUGGAUCGAAGAUCAUCAAACUUAUUGAAGAAUGCAAACCGGAGGAACGUUAUCAAGUCGUUAAGUCAUAUGUAGAGGAAAUCCUCGACGGUCAAAAGCACACAAUACUUUCACCAGAAGAGUUUAAAGCCUUGCAAACCAAGUCCAUCGCCGAAGGCAGAAACAAAAAGGCUGCUGUAACCAAUUUCAACGAAGUCCACAAAUUUCAGGCCAAUUUCGGAGACUUUGGCGGCCAAUAUGUUCCCGAAGCCUUGCAUGCCUGCUUAAGAGAGUUGGAACAGGGUUUUGAAAGUGCCGUUGCUGACCCUAUUUUCUGGAAGGAAUUUAGAGAUUUAUAUUCCUACAUUGGUCGCCCUUCAACCUUGCAUAGAGCUGAUCGGCUCACCGAGUACGCAGGUGGUGCUCAAAUCUGGCUGAAAAGAGAGGACUUGAAUCACACUGGGUCUCACAAGAUAAAUAACGCUUUGGCUCAAGUCCUCAUUGCUAAGAGACUGGGCAAGAAGAAAAUCAUCGCAGAAACCGGUGCCGGCCAGCAUGGUGUGGCUACUGCCACUGCUUGCGCUAAGUUUGGUUUGGAAUGUACGGUCUUUAUGGGUGCAGAGGACGUUCGCCGUCAGGCCCUGAACGUGUUCAGAAUGCGUAUCUUGGGAGCUGAUGUGAUUGCUGUUACCAAUGGUACCAAGACUUUGAGGGAUGCCACUUCGGAAGCGUUCCGUUUUUGGGUCUCCAACUUAAAGACCACUCACUACGUGGUUGGCUCCGCCAUCGGUCCCCACCCUUAUCCAACUUUGGUGCGUACUUUUCAAUCUGUGAUUGGUAACGAAACCAAGGAGCAAUUCGCUAAGCUUAACAACGGCAAACUACCGGAUGCUGUAGUUGCUUGCGUUGGUGGUGGAUCCAACUCCACUGGUAUGUUUUCUCCAUUCGAACACGACCUAUCGGUCAAAUUCUUAGGAGUUGAGGCUGGUGGGGACGGUGUUGACACCGCAUUUCACUCUGCCACCUUGACUGCAGGUAGACCAGGUGUGUUCCACGGUGUUAAAACUUAUGUGUUGCAAGACACUGAUGGCCAAGUGCAUGACACGCAUUCUGUUUCUGCUGGUUUGGACUAUCCUGGUGUGGGGCCCGAACUCGCCUCCUGGAAGGCUUCUGGCCGCGCAACUUUUGUUGCCGCUACAGACGCCCAGGCUCUCGAAGGUUUCAAACUAAUGUCACAGUUGGAAGGUAUUAUUCCAGCUUUGGAAUCAUCUCAUGCGGUGUAUGGUGCAGUUCAACUCGCGAAAACCAUGGAAAAAGGCCAGCACAUCGUCAUCAACGUCUCAGGCAGAGGUGAUAAGGAUGUGCAAAGUGUUGCUGAGAUCCUUCCCAAGCUUGGUCCUCAGAUUGGUUGGGACUUGAGAUUCGAGGAAGACCCUUCCGUCCAAAGUCAUUGA